AUGUUAUCCUCACUAUCGCCCUACCUCUCGAACCCGCGCCAAUCGCUUUCCCAAGUCCUCAAUUUCGCCCUCGUCCUCUCCACGGCGUUCAUGCUAUGGAAAUCCCUCUCGGUGAUGGCCGACUCGCCGUCCCCGAUCGUCGUGGUGCUCAGCGGCUCGAUGGAACCGGCGUUCCAGCGCGGUGAUUUGCUUUUCCUGUGGAACCGCGACCAGACCGCCGAGGUGGGCGAGAUUGUCGUGUAUAAUGUCCGUGGGAAGGAUAUUCCGAUCGUGCAUCGUGUGGUGAGGAGUCAUGGCAAUGUGAUAGGACAAGCGGACGGAAAGACAAAAGCGAGUGCUUCUCCCAAACUCUUGACGAAAGGCGACAACAAUGUUGCGGACGAUACGGAAUUGUAUGCGCGAGGACAAAGCUAUCUGGACCGCCAACACGAUAUCAUCGGUAGUGUGCGUGGGUAUGUGCCUGCGGUGGGAUACGUUACUAUCAUGUUGAGUGAACAUCCGUGGUUGAAGACGGUCAUGUUGGGGAUUAUGGGGUUGAUGGUGAUUCUACAGAGAGAAUGA